AUGUCUGUCCCAAAGAUUGCGGGUCUCCUGCUUAGCUCGGCCGCCAUGGUCGCUGGUCACGGUUAUCUGUCGGGUGCUGUUAUUGAUGGCACCUACCACGGUGGCUUCCUCGUCGAUAAAUACAAUUACUCGCCCGAGGUUCCUGAGAACAUCGGAUGGGCUGAGACUGCCACCGACCUUGGCUUCGUCGACGCCACCGGCUACUCUGGCCCCGACAUUAUCUGUCACAAGGAGGCCACCCCUGGUGCUCUCUCCGCAGAGAUCAAGGCCGGUGGUUCCAUCGAGCUGCAGUGGACUAAGUGGCCCGAGAGCCACCACGGCCCGGUCAUCACCUACAUGGCCAACUGCAAGGGUGACUGCUCCAAGGUCGACAAGGCCACCCUCGAAUUCUUCAAGAUCGAUGAGGCUGGUCUGAUCGACGGCAGCAACGUCCCUGGUAAAUGGGCAUCUGACGAUCUCAUUGCCGCCAACAACAGCCGCACUGUGACUAUCCCUAGCGCCAUUGCCGCUGGUAACUACGUUCUCCGUCACGAGAUCAUUGGCCUGCACUCUGCUGGCAAUGCCAACGGUGCCCAAAACUACCCCCAGUGUAUCAACCUGAAGGUCACCGGCGGCGGCAGCGACUCUCCUAAGGGCGUUCUCGGCACAGAGCUCUACAAGGCCGCUGAUCCCGGCAUUCUGGUCAACAUCUACACUGCCAUGGACUCAUACAAGAUCCCCGGUCCUGCUUUGUACACCGGCGCUGCCCCGGGCUCCUCGACCACUGCUCCCGCCCCUACGACCACCGCUGCACCCACCACUGUCGCGCCUACUACCACUCCCUCAAGCGUGAGUGCCCCUACCCCGAGCUCCUCUUCGUUCUCGCACCCGCACUCCACCCGCCGUCCCACUCGCAGCCCCACCGGCACCCCUACCCCCUCGUCUACACCUCUUGCCCCAACCUCCACCCCCAGUGGAUCUAGUUCCGUGUCGACCGGUGCUCCUGCCGUGACCGAGACUCCCACCUCUGCUGCUUCUUCCUCUGCUGCCCAGGGUACUGACGAGCCUGCCACACAGACUCCUAGCAGCACCCCCGAAGCCUCCGUCACAGUGAGCUCCCCAGGUCAGUCCGCCCAGAGCUCCGUCCCCGCUGGUGGCAACAACGCCCAGCCUAGCCCUACUCCUACCCCCGACUCCGGCUCUGGCUCCGGCUCCGGCUCUGGCUCUGGCUCUGGCUCUGGCUCUGGCUCCGAGGGCCCUAGCGACUUCUCGGCAUACCUCAGCUCCCUAAGUGCCGAUAAGCUCCUCGAGGUUAUCCGCUCGACCAUGAAGUGGCUUGUCUCCGACAAGAAGGUGCACGCCCGUGCCCUGUCGUUCUAG